GCAAAAAGCCAACCAAAAUUUAGUCCAGCGUAACACUAAUCAUCAACCUCGAUUAAUAGACACCGCUAUGUACCGCUUGCCUGUAGAUUAUGAAAUUGAAGUUACAAGAGCUGAGCGUCAAAGCAUAGCUAGUAAAAAUCGUAAAGCUCAGCAACAAAAGGAUCAAGAGGAAAUAAACCGGACCUUAUGA